AUGCAGUCCUUUAUGGAUGGCCUUGCUGGAAAGCGUGUCGUUCUCUCAGGCUGCGGAGGUGGAUGUGAUGUGCUGGGUACGUCGGUGAUCUAUCAGCAAAUCCGGGGCAUAGCAGAGAAGGUGAUCUUCUUCAGCCUGUCUUUCACGGAUGACAGGCUCCUCACUGCUACGACUCGGCAGGUCUCGGAGAAAUGCUGGAAGGUGGAGCCUGGCAACGUAAUGAUUGCCGAUGACCGACAGGAGCAGAUUUAUUUUCCAGAAGCCCGGAUGGCAAAUGCCAUGGAUGUUUCAAUCUACACGCUCUCACACUUCGCAACCAUUGCGCAGUACACGGAGGGGUACAAAGCAGCGCUGUCGAUGGAGUUUGGCAGCGGAUCACGCGGGGCUGAUGUGCUGAUCCUUUGCGAUGGCGGCUGCGACGUUCUCCUGACGGGAGCUGAGUCGUGCCUGGCAACACCUGUGGAAGACAUGUCGCACCUGAAGGCAGUGCUGCCCCUGGACAUCCCAGAAAAGUACGUGGCUGCCCUCGGGGUGAAUAUCGACUGCGGGCACGGUGUUGUACAGGAGGAGCUUGACCGGCGCUUGGUGGACAUGCAGUGUUCCGGAACGAUGAUUUGCAGCUACCCAUUGACCAUGCAUGAUGCUCCGGCGGUGUACUUUACUGACGUG